GCUGGAAAAUCGAAGGUAUACAAAGCAGUUUUUGGUGGUGACAGAGAGAGAGAGAGAGACUGAUUUUUAAAUUGUUAUUUUGCUUUUUCGUUUUUCGUUUUUUGGUGUGUGUGUGUGUGGGGGGGGGAAUAACACGAAAGGCGUGCACAAGACCAGCGACCGUUCGGGUGGAAGGACACCAUGGAUCAUUCUGCGAUUGAGCAAACGCACCCUCACGAACACGAACCCAUCAGUUUCGGCAUUGAUCAGAUACUCAACAACCCGGACGCGGGGAGCUGCAUGCACGCCAGCAGGAUGGCCGAUUCGGAUUACCACCUCGCAGCCAGCGCGUACAAUUCUCACAUGGCGGACGGCGGCUACGCCAAUGCUUACAACAACGCCUGCGGUAUGGUCGGGCUGCCAGGAUCCUAUAAUGUUAACAUGUGUAUGAACAUGAACGUAAGUAUGAAUAUGAAUCUUAAUAUGAACAGCGGGGCCGGGGUGAUCCGAGUGCCCGCACACAGACCCAUGGCUCAUCCACAACUCUCGGCCGGUUUGCCUACAGUACCUUGUAUCCCCAGUCUGGGCAACGUUGCAAACAUGUCCACUUUAACAUUUCCGUGGAUGGAGAGCAGCAGACGCUUUGCCAAAGACAAAUUAACAGCCGCCCUGUCCCCCUUCACCGCCGCCAGGAGGAUCGGACACCCCUACCAGAACCGCACCCCUCCCAAGCGGAAGAAGCCCAGGACCUCGUUCAGCCGCCUGCAGAUCUGCGAGCUGGAGAAACGCUUCCACCGGCAGAAGUACCUGGCCUCGGCCGAGAGGGCAACGCUGGCCAAGGCCCUCAUCAUGACCGACGCCCAGGUCAAGACCUGGUUCCAGAACAGAAGGACCAAGUGGAGGAGGCAGACGGCCGAGGAGCGAGAGGCUGAGAGGCAGCAGGCGAACCGGCUGAUGAUCCAACUUCAACAAGAGGCCUUCCAGAAAUCGCUGACUCAGCCCCUCCACCAGGACACGCUGUGCGUCCACAACGCCUCUCUCUACGCCCUGCAGAACCUCCAGCCUUGGGCCGACGACGGGACCAAAAUCACGUCCGUUACCUCCGUGGCUUCCGUGGUCUGACCCCUCCCCCCCCCCCCCCCCCCCCCACCUCGAUUCCCUUUCCUCCCCCCUCCCCCCCUCAGCAAAAGACUCUGAAACCCCUGGUACCAAAUAACGCUGCACUUCACUGUAUAUUAUGGGCUUGGAUUUCUUUUUCAUUUUCAACCUUUAAACUCGAAUGUUAUUCAUUUUAAUAAAAAGUACUUGCUAAAGGGUUAUUUGCAAUGCAAAACAAAAAAGGUGAAUAAAAAUGCGAUUCAAUAGA